GGCAUGGGUGCCCCGACAUUGCCCCCUGCCUGGCAGCCCUUUCUCAAGGACCACCGCAUCUCUACAUUCAAGAACUGGCCCUUCUUGGAGGGCUGCGCCUGCACCCCGGAGCGGAUGGCCGAGGCUGGCUUCAUCCACUGCCCCACUGAGAACGAGCCAGACUUGGCCCAGUGUUUCUUCUGCUUCAAGGAGCUGGAAGGCUGGGAGCCGGAUGACGACCCCAUAGAGGAACAUAAAAAGCAUUCAUCCGGUUGCGCUUUCCUUUCUGUCAAGAAGCAGUUUGAAGAAUUAACCCUCGGUGAAUUUUUGAAACUGGACAGAGAAAGAGCCAAGAACAAAAUUGCAAAGGAAACCAACAAUAAGAAGAAAGAAUUUGAGGAAACUGCAAAGAAAGUGCGCUGUGCCAUCGAGCAGCUGGCUGCCACGGACUGAGGCCUCUGGCUGGAGCUGCCUGGUCCCAGAGUGGUUGCACCACUUCCAGGGUUUAUUCCCUGGUGCCACCAGCCUUCCUGUGGGACCCUUAGCAAUGCCUUGGGAAAGGAGAAGAUCAAUAUUUUACAAUUAGAUAUUUCAGCUGUAUCUUGUUUUGUCUUGAAAGUGGCACCAGAGGUGCUUCUACCUGUGCAGCGGGUGCUGCUGAUAACAGUGACUGCCUCUCUCUCUCUCUUUUUUUUUUUUUUGGCUCAUUUUUGUCUUCUUGAUUCCCGGACUUACCAGGUGAGAAGUUGGGGAGGAAGAAGGCGGUGUCCGUUUUGCUAGAGCUGAUGGCUUUGUUCACUUGGGCAGAGCCUUCCACAGUGAAUGUGUCUGGACCUCAUGUUGUUGAGGCUGUCACACAGUCCUGAGUGUGGACUUGGCAGGUGCCUGUUGAAUCUGAGCUGCAGAUUCCUCAUCUGUCACGCCUGUGCUGCCUCAGAGGCCACUUUUUUUUUUUUUUUUGGUAGAUGCAUGACUUGUGUGUGAUGAGGAGGGGAAUGGAGACAGAGUCUCCAGCUCCUCUACUGUUUCACAACGUGUCUUUCUUAUUUUGUUUGAAUUGUUAAUUCACAGAAUAGCACAAACUACAAUUAAAACUAAGCACAAAGCCAUUCUAAGUCAUUGGGGAAACGGGGUGAACUUCAGGUGGACUUGGAGACAGAAUAGAGUGAUAGGAAGCGUCUGGCAGAUACUCCUUUUGCCACUGCUGUGUGAUUAGACAGGCCCAGUGAGCUGCAGGGCACAUGCUGGCUGCUCCUCCCUGAGAAAAAGGCAGUGGCCUGAAUCCUUUUUAAAUGACUUGGCUCGAUGCUGUGUGGGACUGGCUGGGCUGCUGCAGGCCGUGUGUCUGUCAGCCCGACCUUCACAUCUGUCACGUUCUCCACACGGGGGGGGGAUGCAGUCCGCCCAGGUCCCCGCUUUCUUUGGCAGCAGCAGCUCCCGCAGGGCUGAAGUCUGGCAUAAGAUGAUGGAUUGGAUUCGCCCUCCUCCCUGUCACAGAGCUGCAGGGUGGAUUGUUACAGCUUCGUUGGAAACCUCUGGAGGUCAUCUCGGCUGUUCUGAGAAAUAAAAAGCCUGUCAUUUCAAACACUGCUGUGGACCCUACUGGGUUUUUAAAAUAUUGUCAGUUUUUCAUCGUCGUCCCUAGCCUGCCAACAGCCAUCUGCCCAGAUAGCCGCAGUGAGGACGAGCAUCCUAGCAGCGACGCAGUUGUCUGGGCGCUCACCAGAGCCACGAACCCCAGACCUGUUUGUAUCAUCCCGGCUCCUUCUGGGUAGAAACAACUGAAAAUGCACUUCAGACCCACUUAUUUCUGCCACAUCUGAGUCGGCCUCAGACUUUUCCUCUAAACUUGGAGAAUAUCACAGUGGUUUUUGUUAGCAGAAAAUGCACUCCAGCCUCUACUCAUCUAAGCUGCUUAUUUUUGAUAUUUGUACCAGUCUAUAAAUGGAUGCUUCACUUUAAUAACUUGCUUAUAAAUUGACUUUGUAGAGAAGCUGGAAAAAAUGGUUUUGUCUUCAGCUCCUUUGCACGCCAGGCGGUGAUGUGGAUCUCGGCUUCUGUCAGCCUGUGCUGGGGGCGGGGCUGAGCGGGAGCCACCCCUCUCAGCCCGCCUGCUAUGGCUUUUCCUUAAAGGCCAUUCUUAAAACCAGACCCUCAUGGCUGCCAGCACCUGAAAGCUUCCUCAACAUCUGUUAAUAAAGCCGUAGGCCCUUGUCUGAGGGCAACCACUCAGACUUUCUUUCAGAUUCGUGUCCAUGUGUCCGUUUUCCAGGUUCUCUAAGUCAGAGUGGAGUGUGGGAAGGGUUGUGAAUGGAGGCUUCUGGGCUGUGGGUGAAGUUCCAAUGGCAAGUUAGAGCCCUUCGGGGCAACUGCCACCCUGGAAGGUAGAGACAGCAGUGCCUGCCACCAGAAGAGACCAGC